AUGCUUCCUAGAUCAAACUUUCCACCUGGUUUUUCCCAACAAGCCUUUCAACAAAGACAACAACAAGGUGUCCAAACAAGUUCUCUUGAGAGUAUGAUGCGUGAUUUCAUGGCCAAGACAGAAAAUUUCAUGACAAGAACUGAGAGUUAUAUGGCGAAGAAUGACGCGACGAUCCAAAGUCAAGCAACCUCUAUGAGAACUCUAGAAAAUCAAGUUGGGCAACUAGCUAAUGAGCUUCGAAAUAGGCCACAAGGUACUUUGCCUAGUGAUACUGAAAAUCCAAGAAGAGAUGGAAAAGAGCAUUGCAAGGCGGUAAUCUUGAGGAGUGGUAAAGUUCUGGAGUCAAAUGAGGAAGAAGCUAAGGAUAAAAAUGAGCCCACUUCAAUCCAAAGUCGAGUAGAGAAAAAUGUUGAACUUUCUAAUAUGAAAAGGGAGCAACCUGAAGAAAAUGCUGCAGCAAUUCCUCAUCAAAAUGCAGAAGAAAAGUUACUUAGCAAGCCACCCCCACCAUUUCCUCAAAGAUUUAAAAAGCAGCAAGAAGAUGGUCAAUUCCGAAGAUUUCUUGAUGUUCUAAAGCAGCUCCACAUCAACAUACCAUUAGUGGAAGCUUUGGAGCAAAUGCCCAACUAUGUAAAGUUUUUGAAGGACAUUUUGACAAAGAAAAGGAGGCUAGGUGAGUUUGAAACAGUGGCUUUGACGGAAGGGUGUAGCGCCAUGUUGAAGAGCAAAAUUCCUCCUAAGUUGAAAGAUCCCGGAAGUUUUACAAUCCCAUGUACCAUUGGCGGAAGAGAUGUGGGUAGAGCUUUAUGUGACUUGGGAGCUAGUAUUAAUUUAAUGCCCAUGUCUAUUUUCAAGAAGUUGGGAAUUGGAGAAGCAAGGCCAACCACCGUCACUUUGCAAUUGGCCGAUCGUUCCAUGGCCCAUCCGGAAGGAAAAAUUGAAGAUGUCUUGGUGCAAGUUGAUAAGUUUAUUUUUCCGGCCGAUUUCAUCAUUCUUGAUUAUGAGGCGGAUAGAGAAGUUCCUAUUAUUUUGGGAAGGCCAUUCCUUGCUACCGGGAGGACCUUGAUUGAUGUGCAAAAAGGGGAACUUACUAUGCGGGUGAAUGAUCAACAAGUGACUUUUAAUGUGUUCAAUGCUAUGAGGUUUCCGGAUGAGAUUGAGGAAUGCUCUCGCAUAAGUGUGAUUGAUUCUAUUGUUGCUGAAAAAUUUCACAAGGAAGCUUCGAAAGAGGAAAAGAUGAUAAGUUCUCUUGAAGAGCUAGAAGCUUUAAGUGAAGAUGAAGAAACCAAAGUUACAUGGGUAGAGUCAAAGCAGCCUUUCACUAAGUUUAGGAGGCCAUUUGAAUCUUUGGAGUUGUCAGAGAACAAUUUCAAGCCUCCUAAGCCUUCCAUUCAAGAACCACCCGAGUUGGAGUUGAAGUCGUUGCCUAGUCACUUGAAGUAUGUUUAUUUGGAAGAUGGAGAGACCUUGCCGGUAAUUAUUUCUGCUAUGUUGGGUGCCCAAAGAGAAUGCUUGUUAGUUGAUGUCUUGAAGAAAUACAAAAGAGCCAUUGGUUGGACCAUGGCAGACAUCAAGGGUAUAAGUCCUUCGAUUUGCAUGCAUAAGAUUCUGUAG